AUUAGGUUAUCAUUCAAGGGAGGGGGCAGUUUCACAAGUAGAGCGUGACAGGUGAUUAUUUCCCGCUUUGAACCCUAACCCAACCAUUUGCAACAAAAAUAAGCCUUGUUCUAGCUCCUCAAUCCUCAUACAACUCUAGCUUCCUCCCUCCGCAACAACGGGAUUCAAUAAUUUUCCUAUUUCAAGGGGCGGAAUUGAACAGAUUUGUUUCUGCAGCUCGGGCUCUCUCUAUAGAGCUAGUUGAACUAGAAUGGCCACUGCCGAGGCAUCGCCUAGCACACUUGGGCCCAGAUAUGCUCCAGAUGAUCCAACUCUACCUGAACCUUGGAAAGGAUUAAUUGAUGGAAGUACGGGUCUUUUAUAUUACUGGAAUCCUGAGACGAAUGUUACGCAAUAUGAAAAACCCACAUCUCUACCGCCUCCUUUGCCACCUGGGCCACCUCCUAAGAUGAAUCCUAUCCCAGGUGCUAGAGCAUCACAGUCAGAGAAUGUUCAAACCCCUCAAAGUCAGCAGACUAUACAGGCCGCACAUCCUUCACAUGGACAGAUGCUGAGCUCGGGGUCUCAUUUGGGGCCUACAAUGCAACAUGGUUAUUUGGCUCUAGAGCAAGUGAGACCUCAAAUGCCGCAACAACCUGGUCAACAAGUCCCGUCUCAGUUGGGACAAGGGCAACAGGGACAUCCGCAGUCAAUGCAACUAAUGUCAAUGCAGCCAGGGCAUCAAGCUCCUUAUCCUUUUAUGCAGCCAAUGCCGCAUGUUCAACAGGGACAAAUGUACCCUGGUGCACAGAUGGGACCUCCACAUGGUUUCCAGUUCACACAUCAACAUCCACAAUAUACAAUGCAUCAACAGAACAUGCCCUCACAAGGGCUACAAAGUUCCUCGGAACAGUCUCAACAUCUAAUUCAGGGGCAGCAGUUGCCUCAAAAACAAGAACAUAAGAUUGAACAUGGCCAGAGAGAUGAUACUGAUUCUCAUCAAGGAAGACAGCCGGGGUUUUCUCCAGCACAGCAGCAUUUGAUGCAAGGACAGCAAUUUCCUCAUCUCCGAGAGCAGAAAGCUGGAAUUCCUCAUAGAGAUGAUGUUGAGUUUCAGCAAGUAAACCAGGCUGGUUUUUCACCAGCUCAGAUUCAGCAAAUUGGGACACCAAUUCAAAACUUGCCACCAAAGAAGAGCAUUCAAUCAAAUCAAAAUACACAGUUUGGUGGAUCGUUUGUCAACGUGCAACCAAACAACCCAUCAGCGCAUUUGCAGCAAACAGGGACAGAGUUGACACACCCACAACAUGUUUCUAGGUUUCAAAAUCAGAUGGGCUCAGGUACGAUGCAUGGCCAGCAGCAGAACCCGCCGCCUGUUGGAUCAAAUAUGCCCUAUGAAGAAAACCAAUUUGGAAGACCUAAAAAUGAAUAUCUUUAUAACACCUCCAAAGAUCUCAAUGUGGUACCUAAUCAGCCCCCAAAGCUUGCGCCAUUGCCCAUGACCAGAAACCAGCAGCAGGACCCCAGAAUUGGUGACUUCCCUUCUCAAAACAUUGCACCAAGUCUUCCAGGGAGAUUGAAUGCCGGGCCUCCUUUGCCUGGUGGCUUUGGUCAUUCCCCAGGUGGCCCUCAAUUUCCAAACACUGCUAUUGUGAGGCCUCCUGUAGCUAUGAUUGGACCUUCGGAUCCUAUUCAUUUAUCAGCAGCAGAAAUUUAUCGUCAAAAGCACGAAGUUACAGCCUCGGGCGAAAAUGUUCCUCCUCCAUUUAUGACAUUUGAGGCUGCUGGGUUUCCGCCGGAGUUACUGCAGGAGAUGCAUGCUGCUGGUUUUGCUGCUCCUACACCGAUUCAGGCACAAACAUGGCCUAUUGCCGAACAGAAUAGAGACAUAGUUGCUAUUGCAAAGACGGGUUCUGGGAAAACACUGGGAUAUUUGAUCCCAGCAUUCUUUCACCUUAGGAAACUACGUAACAAUCCUCAGAACGGCCCAACUGUGUUGGUAUUGGCCCCAACACGGGAGCUUGCCACUCAAAUCCAGGAUGAAGCAAUUAAAUUUGGUCGAUCAUCUAGAGUCUCUUGCACGUGUUUGUAUGGUGGUGCUUCAAAAGGCGCUCAAUUGAAAGAGCUAGAUCGUGGAGCAGAUAUUGUUGUGGCAACUCCUGGUCGGCUCAAUGAUAUCCUUGAAAUGAAGAGGAUCGACUUUAGGCAGGUCUCCCUCCUUGUUCUUGAUGAGGCUGAUAGAAUGCUGGACAUGGGAUUUGAGCCUCAAAUUCGCAAGAUUGUCAAUGAGAUUCCUCCAAGAAGGCAAACUCUUAUGUACACUGCAACAUGGCCCAAAGAAGUUCGAAAAAUUGCAAGUGACCUUCUUGUGAAUCCUGUUCAGGUUAAUAUUGGAAGUGUUGAUGAACUCGCUGCAAAUAAGUCCAUUACACAGCAUGUGGAAUUAGUCCCUGAAAUGGACAAACAGAGACGCUUGGAGCAAAUUCUUAGAUCCCAAGAACCUGGCUCCAAAGUCAUUAUAUUCUGUUCCACUAAAAAGUUGUGUGACCAGCUCGCACGAAGUCUUGGGCGCAAUUUUGGUGCUGCUGCAAUUCAUGGAGACAAGUCCCAGGGGGAGAGAGAUUGGGUUUUGAAUCAAUUUCGGAAUGGACGGUCUCCAGUUCUUGUUGCCACUGAUGUUGCUGCGCGGGGGCUUGAUAUAAGAGAUAUAAGGGUAGUGAUCAAUUACGACUUCCCUACUGGAGUUGAAGACUAUGUUCAUCGCAUUGGACGAACUGGGAGAGCUGGUGCUACGGGGAUCUCAUUUACAUUUUUCUCAGAGCAGGACUGGAAAUAUGCUCCUGACCUUGUUAAACUUUUGGAGGGUGCCAACCAAGUUGUGCCUCCUGAAAUAAGGGACAUAGCAGUACGUGGUGGGCCUGGGUUUGGCAAGGAUCGUGGCAUGAUGAAUCGUUUUGAGCCUGCUGAUGGUGGUGGUGGGCGUUGGGAUUCUGGUGGCCGUGGUGGCCGUGGUGGGAUGAGAGAUGGCGGUUUUGGAGGACGUGGAGGGAUGAGGGAUGGUGGUUUUGGUGGACGGGGUGGAAUGAGAGAUGGUGGGUUUGGAGGGCGUGGAGGGAUGAGAGACAGCGGCUUUGGAGGGCGUGGGGGCAUGAGGGAUGGGAAUUUUGGUGGUCGUGGUGGUGGGAGGGAUGACAGCUUUGGCGGUCCCUCAGGUUCUCGGGUUGGUUGGGACAGAGGUGGCCGUGGUGGACACGAUCGUCUCAAUAAUUUUGAUGGACGAGGACGUGGUAGAGGGCGGGGACGAGGAAGAUUUGAUAACAACCGAAGAGACAACAACUCAGACCGAAGUAGGGGUAGGAGUUUCAGCCGCAGUCCUGAUAGAGUUCGAACAUGGGAUGUUAGUCGAAGCUCAAGUAGAAGUAGAAGCAGAAGCCGGGGCAGGAGCAGGAGUUAUAGCAGAAGUCGUAGCCGGAGCAGAAGUUGGUCACACAGCCGCAGUCCAAGGAGCAGCCGCAGCCGCAGCCCAAGAUACAAUCGAAGCCGGAGUCGAAGCUACGAGAGAUACGAGAGAAAACCAAGGAAAUCCAAGUUUGAUCAGAUGGAACCAGAUGCUGGAAUUGGAACGUUGCCAAUUGCUCCAGUUGCAUCAGAACCCGGUGCAGCCAUUGAUCUCAGCCUCCCCAUCGGGGCGGCCGUGCCGAGCGACCCACCAUCGGAGCCAUAGGGGUAUGCGGAUGGUCGAGUUCAACAGUCUCUCACUCUCUCUUGAAGUUGUUCCAAGAAGUUGUCCUUGGAAGAAUCUGACAGUUUUGGGGUUGGCUUGAAACUAGUAUCCGAUUUCGCGCUUACUAUUUACGCGGGGGAUAUUAUAUGAUUAUUAUUCUAGGGAAUUAAUGCAUUCUAGCACUAGAUUUUUUAAUAUUUCAAUUCUGGUGUUAUAUUAUAUACAUAUAUAAUAUAUGUAUAUCCCCUAAAAUUUUCAGCCUAUCUAUUGACUGCAUGCAUUUAUUUAUUGCAAACUUGCCUGUAAGAAUUGUCGAGGUUUUUCAAUAGUUUACCGACGCUGCUGGGAAUGCUCUCUUCUGUUUCUUGGUUUUA